AUGCCCCCUCCCCCGCCGCCCCCUCCGGGGCCCCCUCCCCCGCCAGGGCCCCCACCCCCGCCUUCAGGGGGACCAAAGAUGAAAUUAGGCGGCGGAGGCGGUGGUGCUGGUGGUAGAGGUGCACUGCUUAGCUCUAUACAGCAAGGCAAGAAACUGAAGAAGACUGUUACUAAUGACAGGAGUGCUCCUGCUUUGGCUGAUUCUAAAGGGCCAAAAUCAGGAGGCAUAGGCAAUAAUAUAGGUCAUAUGGGUGGAGCCCCAAUGACCCCAAAGGGGGCUUUGAAACCAUUUUCAACUGUAGCAAGCCACCAUAAGCCUGUCAAGCCCCCUGUGCCAUGGAUGCAGAGAAAGAGCAUGGAGGCAGAGGAUGCCAGCCAAUCAAACUCAGGCGGAGGCAGUGGUGGACCAGGAGGAGGAGGAGGAGGAGGUGGAGGUUUUGGGGGUGGAGCACCUUCCGGAUUAGGCGGCUUAUUUGCUGGUGGAAUGCCAAAGCUAAGACCUGUAGGAAGUGAGUAGCAUUCACAUUAUACA